UGUGUCACUUUCGCUGGGACCCGCGUUCGAUGCCGGUGAAGGGGGAUGGGUGCCACUGCGAAUGUUAGAACCCGAGACAGAAUCAGAGCCCUGUACAACAUAGAGCAGCAUAUACCCCUUUAUAAAUAUAAAUUGUAAAUCAUAUAAAACGCCAUAAUAAAUGGAUCCAAGCACCGGGGAUUCAACAUAGACACGCGAUGGAAAUACGGUGCCCAAGCAGGACAGGGAAUUAAACUUUUAACCUUUGCGUGGGAGACAUAGAGAAGUUUGUUUCCUACCCCGGGAGAGGGAGCUAUCUUGGGGAGCAAAGGAUACAGGAGACGCCGAGGCCGAGGUGGAGGCCUACUGGUCUAGUUCGAUUUGAUGUUGGAAUACUCGAAGAUCUGCAGACAACACAGGAGGAUAUUUUAUUUGUGCUGGGUUGGAAUGUCUCACUAGGUCUCCCCAUGUCCGUGAGCCGUCGGCUGCGGCUCUACGGCACCCCACCCCUGGAGUGGUCUGUCACUACAGUUCAGACCCCGUGAUCCCCCCCCUCUCCUCCUCCCCCCUGUCCCAUCCCACCCUCCCCCCUCCUUCUCCCUCCCCCCCCCUUCCCCCUCCUCCCUGCGCGCCGCUGUGCUGGACGUCAUGAGCAUAGUAAUCGCGCUGGGAGUCACCACACCAGAAACGUCCUACUCAGAUAUGGCUGCUGGAUCAGACCCUGAGUCAGUGGAAGCAAGCCCUGCCGUGAAUGAGAAAAACUACCCCAACCACAGCUGUGUGAGUGCACAGAGUCAUGGGUAUCGGGGACUACCAUAUACUAUGCAACAGUCUUCCGUUGUGUGUUGUCAGGAUCACAACUAUGGCGCGCCCCCUCCCCCCACCCCACCCGCCUCCCCGCUCUCCCAAACCAUCAUCCCCCGCAUGGAGCUCAACGGCGUGGCACGCGGCCCUACCUCCCGCUACCAUGACAACGGCCGCCAGGAGGAGAACUCUGCUGACAGCGACAGCUCGUCGGAGGAAGAAGGGGCCGUGGCCAGCUGGUGCCACUGCAGCCUGACUCAGGAUGGCUUCCUCAUAAAGUGCGAGAGCUGCAGGGGGCUAGACAGGAGGAAAGGACUGGAUGGCCAACGCCGGAAACAAGAAAAUGUAUCAGUGGGCGAUAGCAGCGCCACGGAGAGUGGCGACGAGGAAGUGUCGCCCGCCACGGUGUCCUACACAGCAACGCAGCACACGCCCACCAGCAUCACGCUCACAGUCAACCGCGUCAAGCGGAACAAGUCCAAGAAGAGGAAGAAGAGCACAGAGAAGGCCCGCGGAGUGCCCAAGGGCAAGAAAAUAAAGGCCUUCAGAGAGGGUUCUAGAAAGUCCAUGAGGAUGAAGAACUCCACUACGGAGGCCAGCGCAGUGGACGAGACCACAGCGGAGGGCUGGGAGAGCCGCAUCCGCCAGUGGACGGACCAGUACGAGGAGGCCACGGCCAACCAGUACAGUGCUGACGUCCAGACACUGCUCCAGCUGCACCGCUCCGCCACCGUUACUGUUGCUGCCGAGGGCGUGGUAAUGGGCGAUACAACGCCAGCGGCAACGACGACCUCACCGGCCCAGGUCAACGCCUCGGCCAAUGCCAUGGACACAAUUAACCGAACGGAGCUGGCGUGCAACAACACGGUGCUUGGCUCUCAGAUGCAGUUACAACUGGGGCGGGUGACACGUGUGCAGAAGCACCGGAAGAUCCUGCGUGCGUCAAGGGAUCUAGAGCCAGACACCCUGAUCAUCGAGUACCGGGGCAAGGUCAUGCUCAAACAGCAGUUUGAGGUCAACGGACACUUCUUCAAAAAGCCCUACCCUUUCGUGCUGUUCUACUCCAAGUUCAACGAUGUGGAGAUGUGCGUGGACGCGCGGACAUUUGGGAAUGACGCACGCUUCAUCCGGAGGUCCUGCACACCCAGCGCAGAGGUUCGGCAUAUGAUCGCCGAUGGCAUGAUCCACCUCUGUAUCUACGCCGUCACGCAAAUCAUCAAGGACGCCGAGGUCACCAUCGGCUUUGACUACGAGUUCAAUAGCUGUAACUACAAGGUGGACUGUGCCUGCUACAAGGGCAACCAGCAGAACUGCCCUGUGCUGAAGCACAACCUGAGCCCGCGCGAAACCCUGCUCUGCCACGCCACAGGGUCGUUGCCCCCGCCCUCCCAACCCCCGGCACCCACGGGGGCCGAGACGCGGCGGCGGAAGGCCCAGCGGAGAGAGAUGGAGGGGCCAGGUGGCGGCAAGGGACCAUUCGGGAUGUCAGAUGACAGUAACCAGCCGCCCGAGGAGAGUGGCGAGGUCCGGGAGACGCUGCAGGGCAACGUCAGCCUGGGCAACGUCAGCCUGGGCAACGUCAGCCUGGGCAACAGUGACACAGAGGAGGGACUCCUAGAUGGGGUGAAGUUGGAGGAAGGAGAGGAGGAAGAGCUGAACGAGAACGGAGUCCUCAUCUCCAGUAGACCGAAGAGGACGCCCAGCGCAGGGGGCAUAGACGAGUUUAAACAGGAGGGCCUGGAGCCUGUAGAGGGGAGCGGAGGGAACCCCACGGGGGUUAACGCCGCGGCCCACCAAGCAGGGGUGGGGAUAAGCACCCGCCGUGCCACCUACGUCACCGAACCCUCCUUAGCAGCUGACACAGACAAGGCCCUGGUGUGUACUGCACCCCUCCUGGCCCCUCUCGCGGCGCCCCCCAAGCCUCCCCCGGCCCGCUCCUCCAAGCCACGGCCCAAGAGCCGCAUCUCACGCUACCGCUCCAGCUCAUCACAGCGAGCCCGCCGCCAGCGGCAGGCCCUGGCCCUGCAGCAGGCGGCCCUGGAGCAGGCGGUGGUGGCCGAGGGGCAGGAGGGUCCCCUGGGGGGACCCGGGACAGAGCUGAGGCUGGGGGACGGAGCAUUGGGAGCUGGGCAACUCCUUGACGGAGAAGGCCUGAGUGCUCUGAACAAGGGCAACCUUCGCAACCUGCCUAAGACUAAGAAGUAUCUGGUGACGGAGUGGCUGAAUGACAAAGUGCUGGACAAGGUAGUCCAGCAGGAGGCGCCCACAGUGGAACGGCAACUGCGCAUCACCACCGACCCCACGGUGCUGGCGACUACGCUCAACAUGCUGCCGGGGCUUGCGGCCUCGCCGCUCAUCUGCACAGCGCCCAAACACUACGUGCGCUUCGGCUCGCCUUUCAACCCUGAGCGCCGGCGCCGGCCCGUCAGUGUGGACGCCACCUACGGCUCCUUCAAGAAGAGAUGGAUCCAACAAGCCCAGGAUGAGAGCGGGCUCUGCUCGGGAGGCCUGGAGGACGGCACCGAGUCCACCUCCUCCCACCAAAGUAACAGCAGCAGCUCCACCCCCAACCCUUUCAAAGCCGAACUGGCGGCGCCCCCCAAGAAGCGGCGGUCCAUAUAUGGCCCGGAGGUGGAGGCAGCGCCGCCUCUGCCCGGCUCAGAAGAACACGGUCUGCUGCUGCGGCCCCUGUCGCCUAUCACUCCCCCGCUGCCGUCGGACCAACCCCUGCCCAGCCCCGCCUCCUACGCCGCGCUGCUGGGUUGCUACGGCGACGAGGAGCGCCGGCUGUCCAACGGCAUGGCUGGCUACUCGCCACUGCCCUCGCUGCCAACCAGCCGCUGCAACACGCCACUGCAGUUUGAGAACAUAUCAUCUCCAGAGGCCUCUCCUGUGCACAGGCCAGAGUCCAUCUCUCCGGAGCCGUGUCUGCAACCGGACGUUGACACCCCGCGUUGCGCACUGCAGUUCCCCAACCUGUCCUCGGGCCUCGAUGGCCCUGUGCCCGCCAUGUCAGACGACUUCUCUCUCCUCUUGGCAACGGGGCCUCCUCCCCCCGACACGCAGGGGCCGCUGGCCUCAAUGGUGGGCGGGGCAGGCCUUCUCACUCCCCUGGCGCCAGGCACCUUGUCCGAGUCGGCCCAGCAGGCCAGAGAGCAGAGCUUCAGGACUGAGUUCAACCUCAUCUAUACCUGCUCCCCGCUCAACGCCAACCUGGGCAACCCCGCCACCACCGACAGGCGCCUCAGCCAAUCGGAGGGCAGCUUCUCCCCGGCCGAGUCCUUCUACAGCACCGUGAGUGGCCAAGGGCCUCUGGCGGAGGCAGGGCCUGGCUCUCUGUCGCCCUACGGCGAGCAGCACUAUGGCGGGGGCUACCCAGACAGCGGCACCCCUCCCCACCACACCAGUAACCCACCGCAGAAAAAGAAGGUGUCUCUGCUGGAGUACCGUAAGAGAAAGCAGGGGAGCAGCAGGGACCCAGAGCCCGGGGGUAGCUCCCUGGACACCCGCUCCAGCUGUGCCAGCGCCAAGUCCCCCGGAGGCCUCCGUUCCUUCCACCUGCAGCCCCCAGCCUCCCCCCACAGCUCCUUCUCCUCCCCCACCCACUCCUCCAUCCCCCAGAUAGAGGAGGUGAGCCCCCCAGAUAACCACCACAACGUCACCACCUCCCACGCCCCUGGACCGUCAACACCGCAACAGUCCAGGGCUCAGGAAGGCACCAGCCACUGGAUGGUGCCCACGACAGUUGAGCGGCUGAGGGAGGGCCAGGGUGUCUUAGAGCGGGUACUGAGGGGCUCCCUCAAGAUGGACCGUGUGCUGAAGAGAACGGACUGCUCGGCUACAGACAAGGACCCUGAUGCAGACCGGUAUGAGAUCCAGACGGUACCCCUGGCCUCUCCCAUGAAAAGCCCACAGAGAUACAGCCCGUCUGUCUACACACACCAGGUGCAGCCCCCCUUAUCGGAGAGCCACCAGCAGACAGUGGACAGUCCAGCCUUCCUUCAGCAGAGCGUGUCCUCUCCAUUCCGUGGUUCCUACAGCCCCUCGGCUCCCCCUCCCUCAGGCCAGGGCUUCUACUCUCGCCUGUCCUCCCUUUCCGGCCUGUCUCAAGACCCCUCGCAGCAGCAUCAACAACAGCCCCUCAACCCCCUGUCCUCCUUCCCCAACCAAACCACCUCCACUGCAGACUCGGCGCUGUGUGGGGCCUCCAGACCGCCAGGAGGCAACCUGCACCAGCCGAGCGGCAGCAGCAGUAUGGACGGGUCCCACGUGUACAGUGGCGGGAGCCACCUAAAAGCCAGCCUCUUGAACAGCGGGUUGUCAGGGUCUCCCACCCCUGGCUCCAGGGCUCACGGCAACCCUAAAACAGACUUGGGCGCCGGUGCUGCGGGGAACCCGGUGUCCCACCACGCCUCCAGACUGAGCCAGCAGCAGGCGUCCCGGAGCCUGAAACCAGGCAGCCCCGGGCAGACAGUGCUGCAGGCCGGCUCCAGGCUCCUGGCGUCCUCCACCGGCCAACACUACCCACAGCGCGGGACACCCCUCAGUCAGUUCCAGCACCCACCCAUACAGGGGUCAGGAGUAAGGACACAGUCAGGAAGCUUUUAGGAUGUUGUGUGUGUGUUUGUUUGCUUGAGCGUGUGUGUGAAAUUGUGUACCUUCUAUCUUAAACCCUGUGGAGAAACUAGGCUCGGGGGAGGGGAUAUAUACAGACCUAAGAGGAGAAAGGACUUGGCUUCUUGUAUGGAUUUCUCCUUAUUUUCUGUCUUUUUUUGUUUUAUCCGAAAAUAAAUUGCUGCAUUCUAAACAUGGCUAAUUGAGGAACUUCAACAUCAUCAAGGAAUCAAAUGAAAAGCGAAAAAAGACAUGUUCAACAAAAAAAAAGAUGUGUCAUUUGGAAUUGCCCUGACAUGAGCAGACUGUGUAAAACUGGCUAAGUAGAUGGUGAAACUCAACCGUGACUAUCUGUACAAAGUGUUUUCUUUGUUUUUGUUCUUAAAGAAGCGUACCUAUGGUUUUGUUUCCGGAUUUGAUAAUGCUGAGAUGGCAGGUGUAACUCAGCAGAGACUUUGUCAAGGUUACUUUUUGGAUUUGGCUAGAAGCCGGGUCAGUCCUGCAGUGUUUCGUUUGUAAAGGGGAAACGAUACUAGCAAAAGCGUAUGUGUGUAUCAUCCAUUAUAAAGAUGCAGAGGGUGGCAAAUAAGAGCUGCCUAAAAAUCAUUCCUUAUGAUUUCCAGUUUUGUGUCUCAAAUUUAGCCAAUUUCUGAAAACUCUUGAUCUGUAUUUUACUGUUCAAUGAUUUUUCUUCUGCUCUUUUUUUUUCUUUUUCCACGUGACUCUUUUUAUUUGAUGUAUUACUACUUCACAGUAGAUUUGCUAUAUUGUACUUGAGUCAUACAGAUCUUGUAAUUCAUGGUGCUGCAGUUGUUUUCGUCUUUUAAGUUAUUUACAUUCAAAUCCAGUUAUGUUCCACACUCAACCGGUUGAUUCAGCUCAUUUUGUUAUUUGGAAUCAAGACUUUUGCCAGAAAUACAUCUUAGUAAUCGUUAACUUUUAUUGUGCUGGAGCGAGAAGUAAGAAGCAGAAUACUUCAUUUUUCUUUACUCCGUUGUUGGGUUUGUUGUCUCUUGAAUCCUGUCGGAUUCUUUUUAUGAAAAAUGUAUUGAAUAUAUUUUUUUCUCUCCCUCUGACCAAUCCUUGCAUUCCGUAUGCCACCUAAGAAAAUAGGAGGAUAAUCUAUGGCGGGAUUUGUUUGAAUGGUAUAAAAAAAAAAAAAAAAAA